AUGAAGCCAAUACCCCUAUGUACUUUCUCAUUUUGGCUGGUUCUCUUUUUGGCUGGCUUCCUUGGCUUAUGCAUUACUAACCGGUUUGCGAGGAGUCAGAAGAACCAUACGCUAAUUUUCACCAGGGAAAGCACAAUUCGCAACUGCAGCUGCUUAGCAGAUAUCCGUGAUUGUGAUUACAGCCUGGCAAACUUGAUGUGCAAUUGCAAAACGGUGUUGCCUUCUACCAUGGAGAGAACAAGCUACAACAGCGACCUGACAAUUUGGUUCACAGACACCUCUGGGCUGGAGAUGGUCCUUAACUUCACAAGGGUGUGUGAUUUGAAGCUGUCCUUCUGCGGCACCACUCCUCUCCCAACAGAAUACUUGACCAUCUGGGGACUGCGAAAGCUCCGAGUAAAAAACAAGGUCAAGGGACAAUUUCCAGAGCAGAGCGUAACCAUCUAUAGCGGCAGCAACAACGAGAAAGGGGACCCACUUGCAGUGCACAACAAAGACAGGCAAAUGUUUGUAUAUAUUUCUUUUCUGGAUACCUCUCUUUUCAAUGGAUAUUCUUUGCUGAAGUCCUAUAGUGUGGAAAAUGUCUCUAGUAUCACAGACCACUUUCCUAACUUGCUAUACUCUGAUAUUUUCUCAACAUCAGAUAACAAGAGCUAUGUUGUAACAUUCAUUUACUGA